AUGAAGAAAAAAGUUGAUGGCCGGUGCCAAAUAUGCUACGAUACUGGUCAUGGAUAUCACUUUGGCGUCAUCGCUUGUCGUGCAUGUGCAGCAUUCUUCCGGAGAACUAUUGCAUUAAAUCUUAACUACAAAUGCCGGUUUGAGGAAAGAUGCGUAAUCAACAAAUCGGUCAGAUGUAUGUGCCGAAAAUGCCGUCUUAGCAAAUGUUUGAAAAUGGGUAUGAAGUCGGAAGCUGUACAGCUAAACCGUGAUCCAAUUGGUCAUGUGUCGCACAGGGAACGUUCCACUGUCAUUGUCCAGAGUUCACCGUCCUCAAGUUUCGUGCCGCAAACGACCAUCCCUGGCAGCGCUGCAAUGAGUGUGGAAGAAUUUGACGUUAAGAUAAACGAAAUUUUUGAAGGAUACCGUUUUUGCCAAAAUACAAAUCCGGGGCCAUCAAUUUUGGAUGAAAUGAUAAGAGCAUAUCACGAAAUUGAUUUCCAACGGAGUUAUAUACAUGAUGAUAGUGCAAUAACUGAAGCAAGUGGUCCCGAAACUGAAGAGCAGCAGAAUGAAAGAAUGCGGAAGAACCUUAAAAUAUUCAGGAAGAUUAUGUUUAAUGAAGUACAACUUUCAGCCAAUAUGGUAGCUCACUUUUAUCCAUUUAUGGAACUCCCUCCCAAUCAAAGGGUUUGUAUCAAUUCGUGUUGUCGAAGUUGCUGUAUAAUGCUACUGUUCAAACGGUUUUGGCCGCGUUUUUUAAGAAUUGAACGAGCGUAUGCAACUUAUGUAAAGCUGGGAUCCGAUGUUACCGAUGAGAGGACAGUAUUUUACAAUGGACGUGUAGCGCAUAAACACGCAUUUAUUUCUGCCAUUUCGCAGAUUUCUAAACUAAGUCUAAAUCAGCUGAAAAGCUUACUUUCACUAUCUCAAGAAACUACUUGGUCAUUUGUUCGGACACCGUUGAAGAUGCUAAAACCAACUGAAUUUGAAUUUAUUGCAAUGUGUGGGUAUUUGCUCUGGACACCACCUGGUAAUAUUCUUUUGAAAGAUCUACCUUGUGUUAAAGGACUUGAAGUGAGCACUGUUCAGAAAUGUAAAGAAGCUCGAGAAAGAAUUUUUUCGGCAUUACAUCGAUACUAUACGGACGUGUUGUCGUUACCGGCAUACGCUGGUCGGCUAGCAGAAUGUAUGGCACUGCUAUCCGGUGUAGAGGUGUCGGUUUCGCUUUGGAAGGAAGAUUUAAUGAUCCUUGAUUUAUUUGAUUUGUGUAAAUUGGAUGCAAAUCUCUUUGAUUUCACUAAAUUUUAA